CAUUUAUUAGAAUAUAUACAGUAUGCUGUUGUUUGUAAACAACGUAGAUAGCUGUUCGCGUUUAUACUAGCCAAAUCUGGUUUUCUCUCAAAUCGUUAUCAUUAUUGGCUUUUUACAUCGUUUCAGUCUUAUUCAUUGUGAUUAAAUAGCUUUACUUUAAUAUCCGUAAAAUUGUUGAUUUCAAUACUUUACUUAAUUAAGAUAGUAUCUGGCAGUAGAUGGUUAAGAUUUUCAAGGAGAUACAAAUAAUUAUUCUAUGUCUUUGUUUGGUGAUUUCUUCAAAAGAUGCGGAUAUUCUACAACGCUCGAAAGAUGCUCGAAUCUUGGUUUUGGGAGCAGGAAUGUCUGGACUCAGUACAGCAAAGGCGCUACAUGACGCCGGAUACCAACAUAUCCUGAUACUUGAAGCAACCUCUCGGAUUGGUGGAAGAAUUAAACAUGACCGCUUAGGCAACUACACGGUUGAAAUGGGUGCAAUGUGGAUCUACGGAAAAGGAUCUAAUCCAAUCUACGGGAUGGCCGAAAAGCUGAAUAUAUCAUAUACUGACAAUUUCAUUGAUGAUUGGACAGUGAGAGACGAGAACGGUGAUGACGUCACUGAAACAGCAGACGCUGCUUACUCUAAGUUACAGGACGCUUUAACAAAGGCAAGUGAGUUAAAUAAGAACGUUGAAGAAGACUUCACUGUAUUAGCAGGGUUACGGAAUUCAGUAUGGAUGCCAACAACUAAUAUCGAUGAUGUAAUAGAAGCAUACUCAAUAGAUUUUGAAACCGGGAUGCCCCCAUCAACAUUAUCCGGGAAAAAUCUUCAUUUAGACGACACGUUUGAGGAUUUUGGAAGUUACGAAAUGAUGGCUGUUAAACAUGAGUCCGGGUUUGUUGAUAUCAUAAAAGGCUUAUAUGAAACAUUUAUGACAGAAGAUGACCCGCGUCUAUUACUCAAUACCACUGUAAAGAAAAUAGAACACGGACAUGAUUCGGUAACUGUUCAUACUAAAGCAGGGGAAUUGUUCAAUGCUGAUUUCGUUGUUGUCACAUUUAGUUUAGGAGUUUUGCAGCAUCGAGAAGUUGACUUUUCUCCACCAUUACCACACACAAAGCAAAUGGCCAUUGACAUGCUUGGUUUCUGCAAGUUUACCCAUAUAUAUGUACAAUUUCCGCAUUCAUUUUGGGACGAAACAAUGUACAUUCUGCGUGCAUCUAAAAUACGAGGCCAUUUUAGCUGCUGGCAGAAUAUGAAUACGAUUUACAAAGGAUCAAACAUACUUCAGCUUUCUCUGUUUGGAGAUGACGCCAACUGGGUGGACCGGUCUAGCGACCACAUGGUCAUGCAGGAAGUGCUCCGGUAUCUACAAUUGCUUUACCCUAACACAACGAUUCCCGAACCGUCAGGUUUUAAAGUAUCUAGAUGGAACACUGAUCCGUUUACUAGAGGGGCAUUCAGUUACUGGCCCACUGGUUUUACUACUGAGAUAAUGAAAGACUUUCAGGCACCGAUAGGGCGGGUUUUCUUUGCUGGAGAACAUCUAGAUCCGUUGCAUUAUGGGUUCGUCCAUGGGGCAUAUAGAUCAGGUCAACAGACGGCUGGUAAUAUCAUACAUCGUAUAGAAAAUUCAAAGGACUGGCACCAACGUCAUCGGAAAGAUCAAAAGCAUGUACCUUAUGAUACAUUCGCUUUCUCCUCCCGGAUUUAGAUUGCUUAUUUCUAAUGCUGUCAUGUUUUGUCCGAUAAACUACAAAAAUGUAACAUUCAAGAGAACAUUUGUGACUUUUAAUCAUGUUAGAAACAUGGACUAAAUGACAUGUGAAAAGCCAGACAUAUGUAGUCACAAGGAAGAUUGUUGUUUUUUUUGUAUUUAUUCAGACGAAAAUUAUAUAAAAGUAAUGCAUCAGUUCCGGAACGUGUAUAUAUCUAGUUUUCUAAGGAGAAUAAAUAUGAUUUAUAGAUUUAUAGGAAACAGCGGAAAAUACCAGAAAUGAUCUAAACAAUAUUAUAUUAUAUAUAGGAGUUUAGGAGUUCUGCAGCAUCGAGAAGUCGACUUCUCUACAUCAUUAUCACACACAAUGCAAAUAUAUAAAUAUUUUAUAUAUAUUCUACUAUUUUACAAUGUUUAUAUCAUACGGUACGGGUAUAAUACCUCCGAAAACCUGACAGCAACAUGAUAAGAAAGAUGAAAGACAAGUAUGUAAUGUAGAUAAAGAACAAAAAUAUUAGAAUAUACGGAAAUCAUGUAAACAGUCGGAUAAUUUUUCUAUUUUCUUAUAUUGUUUUGCAAAGUUUAUGUCACAAAUUUGUACUAUAUAUUUAAUAGAGAAAAACUUUCU